GAGGAAAAAGAAAAGAACACAUAAAAGAAAGAAGUUUGUAACCCUAACCGCCUAACGGCUAAACCUCCCUGCAAAUACACAUCUCUCUGCAUAUUAGAGUUUAAGAGUAUACGUUCUUAUUCAUCUACUUCAGUUAAUUUCUGUAUCUUAAAAGUUCAAUUUCGUAUUUCCAGCAUCAAUUCGAGUUACUUUUCGAGGAAACAAAUUGUCGACGAUUCCAAAAAGCUGAAGGCGCAGCUGAAGGAGAGGUAUGGGUAGAAAGGCGAAUGCACGGGCAAAUUCGGGUGGGGAUGGGCGUCAUUGGACCAAACCUUCAUAUGGAGGUGAAUCUGAUAGGGGUGUGAAAGAUAAGAAAUACCAACGGGAGCAUGAUUUUUCGGAGGAAGCUGAUAGUUCCUAUAUCAGGCAGCAGAUAGAUCCUGAAACGACGAAAUACUUCUCCGAGAUCAUGGAUGUACUAGAAAGUGGUGGAUUGGAGUUGGAGGAGCGUUCUGUCAUAUGUGGAAAUGCUUUGGAAGAAAGCAGAGGGAUAGAAGUGGAGCUCGCAACGGACCAUAUUAUCAGCAGGACAAUGCAGAUGUUGUUGGAUGGUUGUGAUGCGGACCACCUUUGUGGUUUUCUCCGUAGUUGUUCGAAGGAUUUUGUUAGCAUCGCAAUGGAUAGAAGUGGUUCUCAUGUAGCGGAAACGGCUCUCAACUCUUUAGCCAAUCACCUCCAGGAUGAGGAUUUCUACAAUCUAAUUAAAGACACUUUAUCCUUGAUUUGCCAGGCAGUAGCCCGGGAACUUGUAUCUGUUAUGUGCAAUUGUCAUGGAUCUCAUGUUAUCCGAAGCCUGCUUUGUCUAUGCAAAGGAGUACCAUUGAAUUCGGAGUUUCAUGCUGCAAAAUCAUCUACAGUAUUAUCUCAACGGUUAAAUCUUAAAGCUGGUAAAGAUCACGAGAGUGAGGCACCAAUCAUCCAUCAAGGCUUUCCAGACCUACUUGUUUUUCUUGUCACUGAAAUGUUGAAGUGUAGUGAAAGGGAUACUGCAGCCCUACAAGUGGACCAGUAUAGCAGUUUGGUUCUGCAGGCAUCUCUGAAGUUGUUAGCAGGACAGGAGCAAGAGCUCCUCCAUGCCAUUCCACUUAUCAUGGGUUGCAAUGUGAAAAAUGUAGAGGAAAUGACUUUCAUAGAGACAACUAAGGUGCAGAAUAUCAGAGAUCUGGUUAAAGAAAAUGCUUUCAGCCAUUUGAUGGAGGUCAUAUUGGAAGUGGCUCCGGAUACUCUGUAUGAUGAGAUCUUCAUGAAAAUCUUCAAGGAUUGGCUGUAUGAUAUUUCAAGUCAUUACUCGGCCAACUUUGUUAUACAAGCCUUGAUUUCUAAUGCAAGAAGCCAAGAUCAAGUAGGUGCAAUAUGCGAAGAGCUUGGACCAAAAAUGAAGGAUCUGCUCGGUAUGGGAAGGUCAGGGGUUGUAGCUUCUCUGAUCGCAGCAAGUCAGAGGCUGCAGGCUCAUGAGCAUAGGUGCUCUAAGGCGCUUGCAGCUGCUGUAAGUGUAGCUAAUGAGGCUCCAAAAUGGAUUGUACCUCGAAUACUAUUGCUGGACAGCUACUUUUUCUCCAAUGAUAAGGCCAACUGGACUUGGACAAGCGGCUGUAAAAUACAUGUCAUGGGCUCUCUAAUUCUGCAAUCACUAUUUAAGUAUCCAAGCGAAUAUAUACAGCCUUACAUCACAAGCAUCACAUCAAUGGAAAGCUCUCACGUCCUGGAAGUAUUAAAAAAUUCUGCAGGAGCACGUGUUAUUGAAGCCUUUUUGGGUUCAAAGGCUUCUGAUAAACAAAAGAAGAAGUUGAUGAACAAGUUGAAGGGUCAUUUUGGAGAGCUUGCUAUGCUUCCGUCAGGUUCUUUCACAGUUCAAAAGUGCUUCCAUAGUGCUAGUGAUGUUUCAUUAAGAGAGGCAAUAGUCUCUGAUGUGCUUGCUGUUCAGAAAGAACUUUCUAGAACCAGGCAGGGUCCUCUUCUCUUGAGAAAUCUUGAUGUUGAUGGAUUCUCAAGAGGACCUGAACAGUGGAGAUCUAGACAGAAAUCUAAACUUACUGUUUACAAGGAGUUUUUAGCUGAAUUCAAUGAGGCAGAUUGUGGUUUACCCGAAAUGAAGAAUCCUCCUGUUGAUAGCUCAAAGAAAGCAUCCCAACAAACAGAUAUGAAGAAGAUGAGGCAAGAGAUUGACAAUGUCUUGUCAUCAUUUCCAACGUCUGAUGUUUCUAAGAAGCUUAAAAGGAAGAAAAAGGACAGAGAAAAUCACGGUGAUAAUAAUGUUGAACAGAAACCUUCUCCUGUCAAGAAGAAGCGUAAGCAUCAGCAGUAAGAUGAUCUGUCAAGCUCAAAUCCGAACAUGCAGGUGCGGCAACUGCUUCAUCUGCUGAAAAUUUUGUUGUUCUAUUUUGUAAUUUAAUUAAAGUAUCAUCCUUGUAAGUUCUCCCUUUUUCUGUGUUACAACAAUUUAAGAGAUUGAAGGUUCCAAAAUUUUAUAAAUGAGAAAAUACAGAUGAUUUUGGCUUCA